AUGCUGAAUGCUAUUCACAUAGAUGGACGGGUUGAUAUGUAUUUGGGAAAAAAGUGGGGUUGCCUUGGUGGAUAUUCCGUCCGACGCCUUGAUCGUACAUCCAGCGGCGAUUGAAUUUGACAACUGCACAAGUGAGCCAAUCUCUCCUGCUUAUGAAGAUAUUUUAAUUCUCUAUAAAGCGCGUGGGCAGGUGACUGACGCUCAUCUGAAGGAAGCCGACCUAGGGCAGUUGUUGUUUUACGCUUGUGUGAAGGGCUUCACCCCGAGGCUUGAUACCCAAUACACUCAUCCGAGCCUAACAACGUAUGCCGCCUUUAAGCCUCUAGCAUGUAGGAAUUCGUUGGUUCGCAACGUAUCCCUUUGUUGUGGUGUAACAUCUUUGGCAUAGUGGGACAUUCAGUGUUCCGAGCAACUUUACAUCAAUUGCAAAAGUCAGAUUCUGAACUAUCUCGAGAUAGCCGAAAGCUUUGCUGAUAAUGAUUGACCUCCUGCUGCCUUACAAUUAUUAUGCAUCAGAGAUAGAAAAUUCCUUCGCUACGACUGUCGAUGGAUGUGUUUGGCACUAAGGGAAAGCAUUCACAAUAACUUGUGAAAAAUACUAUGUAAAUUUCCUUUGAGCAGCUGCCAGGCCACUGUUUGCAACUUACCAUUGCGUAGUUGCAUUAUUCUUCGACCUCAUGAGAGAAUGCUUAUUGAAAACGAUGUAUUUCACUACUCAAUAUCUCUACUAUUCCCCAGAGAAAUCUCUGACCUUCCUCAUCCUUGCAGCGCUUUUAAAGCGUUAAGCCUGGUGCUAAAAUGCUAUAUUUAUAACAUGAAAGGGUAUGAUGAUUGGCUGACCAACCCGCUAUUGGGGUUGACACUAGGCGCAUUCGAAAUUCUAGCCAAAUUAUCACAUUUCGCGCGAUUGGUCUCUACAACGUUAUUAUUGAAAAGAGGUUAUGCAAUUGCGAAAAAUGUUUUGAUUACAGACCGCCAGACCCAUGUAGAGAAACUUAUGAUGGUCGACUUACCAGAUAUCGUCAAUUGUCCUGCUACUUAUCGCGAAAUCAUGCGAUUAUUUGCUGGUAAAUUAAUCAAUUAUGAACAGUCUGACGUAGCAAAUAUACCGACUAAGACGCAGAUUAAGCAUAUCUUAAGCAUAUCUCUUUAACAUUUUAGAACGUUGCCAAAUGCGCACCAAAUUUGGGGAAUUUCAUCAUAGCCAGCGGUAAUUAUUUGCGCUUUCGCGCGCGAUGCAGAUGAUCAAAUUCAUAUCAUAGAACUUGUAACUUCACACCAUAGAAAAUGUACAACAAAUUGCCGAAAGAGCUCACAGUUAUCGCGGUGUAAAAAUGUCUUCGUUUCUGAACGAUACUUAGAGUACUCCAACCAGGGUUGA